AUGGUGUUUGGCAAAGCUUGUCAUCUUCCCGUGGAACCUGAACACAAGGCAUUGUGGGCCUUGAAAAAGUUGAAUCUGGAUUGGAGUGAUGCCUCAAACUUGAGGACGGAACAACUCAAUGAGCUUGACGAAUUUCGACUUAGAGCUUACACUGGCUCUUCACUCUACAAGGCCCGCAUGAAACACUUUCAUGAUAAGAAGAUUUUGCAAAGAGAAUUCAGCCUCGGGGAUCGCGUAUUGUUGUUCAACUCAAGGCUCCGGUUGUUUCCCAGAAAGUUGAAAUCCAAAUGGUCCGGCCCGUUUGAAAUCAUACAAGUAUUCCCACAUGGAGCAAUUGAACUUGUUUGCCCAAGUGGAAAUAAAAUCAAAGUGAACGAGCAAAAGGUGAAACAUUACUUGGGAUCUCAGAAUGAAGCAAAUAUUAUCGAGGUCUUCCUCCUCAAUGAGCCAUGA